AUGGCCACCACUCCAUCCUCCUUUGACAUCAGAAAGUCGAUCAAGGCUACAGCCGAAGCCUUCUUAGCAUCAUACGAAGAUGGCGCAGCUCAGAACGACCCUGCCAUCAUCAAUCGUAACGUCACACCUGAUUGCACCCGCCACCUACUUCCUUCAUCAGUGCCUGGGGCCUUAGGCCUGCCGGCAGACUUCAGCAUUGACAAUACGACAUUUCAAGACGUCUUUGCAAAGGAUAUUCAAUUUCUCAAGUUCCGUAACGGUGUCAUCUCGAACUUGGUCAUCGACACUGAAGCCCGCCGGGCUGCAUUCACGGCCGUCUCAGAAGUCGCAGUAGUUAAUAGUGAAGAGUCGUACCCCUUUGAGUGCAGUUUCACCUUGUACUUCAAUGAGGAUGGGUCUAGGGUCAGGAAGGUGAUUGAAUUCCUUGAUAAGGAUGGAACUGUAAAGAUGGCAAACACUUCUAAUGGAAGUCUCCCGAACGUAUCGCCAUAG